UUUGCAGGAUGGACGCAUCCGAUGCAGCAGCUGGAAUUUUCCUGUUACUUUUUGGAAUUGUUGGAUGUGCGCUUUACGGAUUAAUCGUUUGCUCAAUGUGGAGAAUGGUCAAUGAAAUUGUUGGAUUUCGAUUUCUCAUUUCGCAAGCUCUUACUGACAUUCUCUUAAUGAUCCAAUUUGGCAUUUGGCCAGGAAUUGUGAUUUUAACUCAAAAUGAGAUAAUCAAUGAAUCGUGGCGGUGGAAUAUUCAUAUUUAUCUUGAUUUCACUUGGUGGGCAAUGGUAUAUCAUUACACAGUCAUUGCAUGGUCACGUCUUGCCGCAGUUCAAUGGCCGAAUUGGUUUCGUACACUUCCACAUGGCACGAGUAUUAUGAUCUGUGCAAUUCCAUGGUUCACUGGAUUAUUGCAGAGUCUAGUUGAGCAUCAGUUCGACUGGUUCACACCAUUAUUCUACUCACCAACUCGUUAUGGAAUGCAUUCUGAUUGGGAAAAAUAUGAACUUUCUGGAACUAAUACAUAUUACAUGGUGUGUAAUGUAAUUCUGAUGGUGGUGCCUUUUCCGUUGUACGUUCUGGCUCUCGCAGUUUUAUUUCAAAGACAAACUUCGAGGAAUAUGCAACUUCGUUCAAAAUACUCGCACGCACCAAUAUCUACAUCAUCAUAUGCGGCACAACAACGCCAAUUGAGUAUAGAAACUCGUCUUCUGGUUCCUUGUAUAAUCAAUACAAUUUUGUUUGUGGUGGGACAAGUGUUUAUUUCACAGUGUUCAAAACAUGGAAAAUGGAUGAAUUGGGCAGUUAUGGUUGUAUUUGCAACUAAUUCAUUCGUGAAUCCUCUUCUUUAUUUGUUCUUCAGCAGCGUAAUCCGAAAAGGAGUAUUGAGCAAUUGUCGGAAGAACUUCUCAUUAUCAGCAAUCUAUAAUGACUAUGAAAUGAGAUCAUCUCCAAGAACUUCAAGUAUUGUGAUGAGACUGAAUCAUCGAGAUUCAACGAUUACUUCAAAUCUAAACUGCCGUGUAAAUUCAACAUCUUAAUGAUUUCAAUUCAAUCGAAUAUUUCAGCUUUCUAUCUCUUCUAAACGUUGUAUUCGGUUAUAAUUUUAUAUUUCCGAUGUUGGUGAUACUUAUGAUCAACAUACUUUAUAUUCUAAUUUUCAAUUUAUCAUUUUUCCAUUUCGGUUGUAUACGGGUUACUCUUUUCUACGAUCUUUAUAUUAUUUUGAUUUAAAACAUGUAUUUAUUUGUUUGUAAAUAAAGUAUUAUGGCCUU